AUGGACCCCGGAUGCGCAGCGAACGCGAUCGCUAAGAGGGCACACUACUCGCCACCGUGGGCCGACGUCAGCCUCAUAGGCAUAGCAGGGAGCUCGGGGUCUGGAAAGUCGACGCUGUCCAGGACCAUCGUCAACAAGUUGAACCUACCAUGGGUUGUUAUUCUGUCUAUGGACUCGUUCUAUAAAAGCUUGGAUCCAGAAUCGUCCAAAAAGGCAUUCCUCAACGAGUACGACUUCGACUCUCCGGAAGCAAUCGACUUUGAUAAGCUCGUGGAGUGUCUCCAAGACCUGAAAGCCGGAAAACGAGCAGAGAUCCCUGUCUACUCGUUCGAGAAACAUGCACGCCUGGACAAGACGACGGCAAUAUACUCACCCCACGUCCUUAUCGUAGAGGGAAUCUUCGCCCUGUACGACCCGAGGGUGCUUGAGUUGCUGGACAUGAAGAUCUUUUGCGAGGCCGAUGCAGAUACUUGUCUCUCAAGACGAAUACUGAGAGAUGUCGAAUGUCGUGGCAGGAGCGUGGAGGGCGUGAUCAAGCAGUGGUUUAUGUGGGUGAAACCAAACUUUGAAAAAUUUGUUGAUCCACAGCGGAAGAACGGAGCAGAUAUCAUAGUACCGAGGGGCGUCGAGAACUUGGUUGCCAUAAAUAUGGUCGUCCAAUUCAUCGAGCAGAAGCUUCUUGAAAAGUCCAGGCAUCAUCGAGCAGCGCUUCUGCAGUUAGAGCUACAGGCACAGUCAGAACCGCUCAGCAAGAAGGUCGUUGUACUCAGGCCCACGCCACAGCUCAAGGCUAUGAACACCAUCAUCAAGGAUAUCGAUACGACCUCAGAAGAUUUCAUUUUCUAUUUCGACAGGCUGGCUGCCUUGAUAAUUGAGCAAGCCAUGAACAAUGUGCGCUUCGAAUCUACGACUGUGAACACGCCUGCGGGGCAUCAGUACGUAGGCCUUAAAUCCCAAGGCGAGGUAUCAGCCGUCCUCCUACUUCGCGGUGGGGCUGCACUGGAGACAGGGCUCAAGCGUGUCAUACCAGACUGUCGUUCCAGCCGGAUCCUGAUCCAAUCCAGCAUCAGGACAGGAGAACCGGAACUGCACUAUAGCCGGCUGUCCAAGGAUAUUGAGACACAUGAGAGUGUGCUGGUUCUUGAUGCACAGAUGUCAAGUGGCGGCUCUGCUCUCAUGGCGGUCCAAGUCCUUGUGGAUCAUGGCGUGGCGCAGGACCGAAUUGUAUUUGCGACGUAUUCUGCUGGGCGUAUGGGGCUCCAUCGCCUGACAGCUGUAUUUCCGGAUAUCACGGUGGUUGUGGGCAACAUUCUGCCUGAUAUCGAGGAUCGAUGGAUCGAGAGGAGGUACUUCAGAUGUUGAAGGAUGGACACACUGGGGAAAUGGAAUUAUUUUCUUCCCCUGGGAGCGCACUGAGAAGUGAGCAUCUUGCAUAGCGAGCGGCCAACCAAGGUCCUUCUUUCCUCGGGAC